AUGGCCUCUAGUGGCGCUGAUGAAUUCGUCAGAGGAAAUGUGCUCCCAAACGGCGUCGCUCUCAUCACACUCGAUCGUUCCAAAGCCCUCAAUGCCAUGAACCUAGAUAUGGACAUAAAAUAUAAGAGCUUUCUUGAUGAAUGGGAACAUGAUCCGAAGGUCAAGUGCGUCUUGGUUGAAAGUAGCUCUUCUCGUGCCUUUUGUGCAGGAAUGGAUAUUAAGGGGGUUGUAGCUGAAAUUCAAAAGGACAAAACCACUCCUCUUGUGCAAAAGGUGUUCACCGCUGAAUAUUCUCUAAUAUGCAAAAUUUUUGAGUACAAAAAGCCUUAUAUCAGCUUGAUGGAUGGUAUUACAAUGGGCUUUGGGAUUGGCCUAUCUGGUCAUGGUCGGUACAGGAUCAUUACUGAGAGAACUGUCCUUGCCAUGCCAGAAAAUGGAAUUGGCCUGUUUCCGGAUGUUGGUUUUGCGUAUAUAGCUGCACAAAGUCCAGGAGAAGGAGCUGUAGGGGCUUACCUUGGACUGACUGGAAAUAGGAUAUCAACUCCAGCUGAUGCUCUAUAUGUAGGCCUUGGAACACAUUAUGUGCCUUCUGGGAACUUGGAUGCAUUGAAGAAUGAUUUAUUAGCAACCACCUUUUCCGAGGACCCCGAUCAGGAAAUCAAAGCACUGCUGGAACAAUAUAGCACAAACCCAGAGUCUGAACCUCGUUUGAAGUUGCUUUUACCUCGGAUAAUUUCAACUUUUGGCGGUAAUAAGUCUGUUAAGGAGAUAUUGGACGAGCUGGAAAAACAUCAAGAAAGUGCCGAUACCUUGGUGGCAGAGUGGGCAAAGGAUGCCUUGCAAGGGCUCAGAAAAGGAGCCUAUUUUUCGCUUUGCCUCACACAAAAGCAUUUCACAAAAGUUGCUUCUGCUAGAGGAAAAAGUAACCAUGAUUUGUCUAAGCUGACUGGUGUGAUGAAAGCUGAAUAUCGCAUUGCUAUAAGGUCGUCUCUUCGAAAUGAUUUUGCUGAGGGUGUUAGGGCUGUCUUGGUGGACAAAGAUCAGAACCCGAAAUGGAAUCCGUCAAGCUUGGAAGAAGUGAAUACCAAUGAAGUAGAAUCUAUUUUCGAACCCUUGAGUCCAGAAAAAGAAUUGUGCGUGAGUCAUGGUGCCUGA